UCAGUUUUUUCGUUUUUCCCACUGCACACACGACACGGUUUAAGACAGAGAAAUAUUCAAUUUUAAUGUGUGAAAUUUUGUAAUUUGAAAACCAAAUGAGUUUUGCAUUACGUUAUUUUAUGGAACUAGGUUAAACAAGGCUUAAUUCACAAUGUUUUUCCUAAAAUUUAUUCGCUCAACUAUUUUCCAAAUUUUAUCUUUUUUAUUUGUCCUAGGAUAUUUACUUGGAAUUUUAAAUUUACAUUUUAAUGAUAAAAAUAAUUAUUGUGUUAUGACCUAUAUGUUUGAAUAUCCUAAAUUUGUGCCUAUAUCUGUGCCAGAAAAUGCUUUAUAUCCUCAAUAUGGACUAUAUGCAUACAGCGAAGGAAGAUUUACAGAAAGAGCUAGGAAAAUGUGGUUCACUGGAAUCCCUGUUUUGUUUAUUCCGGGGAACUCCGGCAGCCACAUGCAAGCGCGCUCUAUUGCUUCAGUCGCGCUGAGAAAGGCACUUCAAAAAGACAAAUAUGAAUAUCACUUUGACUAUUUCACAGUAAGCUACAAUGAAGAGUUAUCAGCACUGUAUGGAGGGGUGCUUCAAAGCCAAACUGAGUUUGCUGCAUCAUGCAUCUCUAAAAUAUUGAGUCUGUACAAAGACAAUAACUAUACGAAGCAUAUUCCAACGUCAGUAAUACUGAUCGGUCAUUCAAUGGGAGGAAUUAUAGCCAAGCGCUUACUGGCAUACCCAAGUACGAUCGACACGACUACAAUAGCAAUAGCUUUGGCUGCACCAUUGCAAGCUCCAGUGAUAAACACAGAUUUGUACAUGAAUUAUUACUACAAAAUCAUGGAGUAUGAAUGGGAACUAUACGUAAAAAAUGAUAAGCAAGUAAACGAUAAGAAGAUGUUAAUUAGUUUUGGGAAUGGACCAAGAGAUACUCUGAUGCCUUCAGGUCUGACCAGGUUGAAUGAAAGUCACAUCAAUGCAUUGACCACAGCAAUACCAGGAGUUUGGGUCUCCCCUGACCAUGUUAGUAUAGUGUGGUGUAAACAACUGGUGUUGGCUAUCAACAGGUUUUUGUUUGCUAUAGUUGAUCCAUUGACGCAACAGUUAUCAGGGAACAAGCAGAUAUGGAUGUCAAUGAGCAAUACCUACUUUCAGGCAAAUCGAUCAAUGAUACUCAGCUGGAAUAUACCUCGUGCAAACCUGCCUAUGGUAGCUGAUGCGUUUUGGUAUGAAGACAGCAGAAGGAUCUAUCAGAUAUCACGGCCCGAGAUUACGAAAAUGACGUACCUGAUGAUAAGACUAGUAACAUUCCCACAGAAUCGAUUUGUGGCCAUAGAAGCUACCAAUCUGGAUGAUCGCGAAUGGGUUUUCGGUUGUAACGCUAUGUACACCUAUGGCACUUACAGAUAUUGCAAACAAGCAACAUCAUUGUCAGAACUCACGCGAUGGACGGGGGCAGCCACGAAUUUUGGCAGAAGAAAACUAGCCACCAUCAAUCUGCACCGACUCAAAGAUACGUACCCGGACUGGACGCAUGUUAUAGUCAAAGUCUCACCGACCAGAAAACCGGUAGUUUUAAAUGUAGACAUAAAUGACCAUGCGUCUCGCGUAAUAACUGUGUCCAUGCCUUCGGAAUUAAGCUUUGAAAAGAAAGUAAUAAUCCAAGAGACUGAAGCGAACAGUUUGUAUUACGAACUAGUUUUGCCUGGCUUUUAUGCAGUACACCAAACUUACCUCCUAUACGUAGAACCUACAGCGAGCUGCAAGGCAAGUCAGUACCAUAUCUCAGCGGAAUUGCAUGUGCCCUGGGCGGAGAAUAAUGAAUACUUCCAUUACUUUACUCAUUUGAAACAAUCGCCGAUGAAACUCCGUAUAUUCACAAGUAACCCGAACGCAACACGUGGGGAUCCUUCAGAACAUGUAAAAAUUACUUUACUACUAGAUCCUCAGUGCACAUACACUAUAAGUAUAUGCAACUCAUGGUACAACCGGCUUGCCCAAUUGGCCCGUAACUACACCCCAGUAUUGCUCCCGUAUACAGCCGCCAUUAUCUUGCUAGCGGCCCGUAGUAUGAUCCUGCAAUUACGAGACAACGGAACGUGUUUGUCUAUCCACGGAGCGUUGAUGAGCGAAGGCGUCAAACCUCACUAUGCAUUGGUAUUCGCUAGAUUGGCCACUACAGUUUUCAUGUCAGUGCCCGCACUAUCGUAUCUCCUCGAGAGCGCAAACUGGGACAACUUGGAGAUACAAUAUUUCACGCGAUCUCUGGUGGUGUUACCAGCAUAUAUGACCGCGCUUGGGAUCGUGCAGAUAGUCGCCGCCGCUGCAGUGGCUGUUAUGGUGUUCUCCUCGCAACUGGCACAUAGACUGCUUUUCAGAAUAAUUUGGCGCGGAGGGCCCGACUUGGCCGAGCGACUGGCGAGCAGUCUGCAAAAGGUGCCGUUUAUCGUGACCAUCUCACUCGGCUGUGCUAUCCCGCUUUCUUGCGGCGCCGCUGCCAUAGUUGCUGGAGCGGCGUAUUACGCAUUUAUGAUUUCUAAAAUGUAUGAAGAAUACCUCGAAGAUUACGUAUAUAAACUCAUGGCGAAAUUAGCUUCUAAAAUGUGUUAUAUGUUUAAGUCAAAAGCUUCUAAUAGCGAGUCGGAAACCAGUCUUGUUCCAGUAAGCUCUUCAAGCAAGGAGUCUGUUUCCGAAGAACCUAAAAGUAUAGAAGAUAAAAAAGAUACUCAAAUAACUAAUGAGGACAAUAAAAUAGAAAAGGUCAAAGAAGAAGCUGAAAAGAAAUCAAAAACACAUAAAAAAGUUACAAAAUUUGUAAAAAGGAAACAGAAAUGUAGUAUUCCUGAAUGUACUUGUGAGUUAAUGAGUAAAGAAGAUGAAUUGAACUAUUUGAAUUUCCAUGUGAUGAUGUUCUUCUUAUGGAUCUGUGUAGCAAUGGUUAAUGUGCCAACUUUGCUUACUUGGGCAAGAAACUUCAAGUUCAGCAUGGUAUUAAGGCCCGAUACGUCCAAAUACACAGGUUUUGCGAUAGUCAUAUGUUCAGGUAUUCUAUGGCAAAUGGAUCUUCCCCGAAGAAAAUUGCGGUAUUAUGACAAUGUUGCUGCAUUAUUAUUUACGAUGGCAGUAUUAAUAUUAUCACUAGGACCUUUGUCAUUAAUAAUUAUCAAUUAUGGUGUUACUUUAAUGAUCGCUAUAAUUACACUACAACAAUGGUUUGAUGAAGAAGUUGGUGCUGAAAUUCGGACAUGUCUCAGUGAACAUUCAGAAGAAAAGGAAAAGGAUGAUCACGAAAGUAAAACUGAAAAUAUUUCUGAUGACAAGGAAGAAACCAAAGAUAAGGGAGAUACCAAAGACAAUAAAGAUGAUUGUGAAAAUGAAACAAAACAACCAGAAACACCCAGUGAGGAUUGUAACGUAUGUGAUGAAAGUCGAAUUUACACAAUGUUUAAGGGUUUCAGAGACAAAUUUACAGAAGUGUCAGAGGGAACUUAACACAUAUUUAUUUUCAUACUCAUAUGAUUGAGAUUUUUUUAUCUUCCCCGUGGUUUUGGUGGCAGGUAGGUUCAUCUUUUUACCAAAAAUUUAAUUAUUGUAUUUUGAGAUUCUAAUUCAGUAUUCAUCACCAACUUUAAUUAAAGUAAUAAGUACCUAGGCUUUGAAACUCACUAUUUUAUCUAUUUUAGACACAACUGUUUUUACGUUAUAUUGCCAUAUUAUACAGAAGUGUGAAUGUAAACUAUUAAACGUAAUCUUGCCUGUACUGAAAUACAUAUCAAAUGACCGUUGGAUUGAAUAUUGUUGUUUAUGUUAUAAAAAUGUUAUGAUACCAUAAAUAAUAAAGUCAAUUUCGUACAUUGCUUGUGAUUCUACUGCAUAGUCCUACCUGAUAGAACUGUGGCAAAAAAUAGUCUAUGGAUAAAUUGUUUUAAUUAUGUAGCAUAACAGUAGCAGGAAGGCGCUGCCAACCAGUUAUUAGAGAAGUCAUUGGGGAGGCCUAUGGGUAAUUUUACCUCUGAAAAACUAAAUUACCCAUGAUACUACUAGUAGGACUAAGCAGUAGGACCACAGGCAAUGCAUGGUCAAUGUAAUCAUUGACAUAACAACUGUUAUGGAACAUAGGAAAGGGUGUGUAAGAAAAGUAGUGGAAGGAUCAUACUCUUCACUACAAAAAGGAAUGGACUAACUUGUUGUCAUUAAGGUAUUAUUUAAAAUU